AUGCCUCUCCAGAAGGGGCAGGGAAGAGCGAGGGUGACAAGAGGCCAAGAGCGACUGACAAGGCUGACACUUCCCCUUUUCCUCUCCAACCCGCUUCCAGAAAGCGGCACUUGGGAGACGCAGGGGCCGUCCCGGGUCCCGCCAGCGACCGAACUCAGAGCGGGCCCUACGAACCCGCCCACCGAAGGACAUGGCGCGGCCACCUGGCCAGUCCUCCGAGGCGCUCGCGGCAUUCUUUCCCCCGGCCCGCGCCCCGGAGUGCGGCUCCCGCUCCCGGCCGCCGCACGCAGUGUAAACACUCGGCGCCCGCCGCCUCCCUGCCCGGCGGUGGGGGCGACGCGCAGCGCUCGCGCGGACCCACAUUUUUGCGCCUCUAGUCACGCACUGGAGGAAAGGCGAGGAGGGCGGAGGGAAGGGAAGACGCGGCAGCGAUCCACGGAGACGGCCGGCGGCGUGCGCGCGAGUGCGCCGCGGGGAGGGCGGCCCCGGCGCCCCGCCGGCUCCGGCUCCCGCUCCCACCCCGCGCCCGCUUACCUGCCGGGGUAUCCAGCCCCUGCAGCGGGCUGGCCAUGUAGUAGUCUGCAGUCACUAUCCUCACUGAAAACAUGUUCGCCGCCGCCGCCGCCGCCUCCCUUCACUGGCGACCCGGCAGCGGCAGCAGCAGUGGCAGCAGCAGCGGCGGCGGCUCCCUCCGCAGCGGCCGCCCCACAGCGGCGACGGCGCCCCCUCCCCUCCUCGGCUCGGCCCCCUCCCCUCACACACACACACACACACACACACACCCCGCGAGGAGCGGCGGCGGGCGGGGCGGUGUGGGCGCUGCUGCCGCUGCCUCCUCAGGAGCACCCGGCGAGGGGCCGCAGGAGAGAAGCCCUCGCGAUUUCGUCGGUGCUGGUGCUGCCGCCACUGCCGCCGCCGCCGGGAAUCACACGGGCUUCUCGGUCCCAGGCUGCAGCUCUUGUUGCCAUGAUGAUGAUGUCACGGACGCAACCACUGGGGGAGGGAAGAGGGGGGUGUGUGUGUGGCGGAGGGAGGGCUGCGAUUAGUGCGGGGGAGGCGGCUCGGCGGGAAAGGGAGCUCGCAGGCGGGCGCCGGGGCGCGACACGGAGGGCGGGGGCCGAGAAGGUGCUUUCUCUCCCGCCCCAGGGCGCGCGUCGAGGGAGGCGGCGGGCGGCCGGCAGGGCCCCUGCGGGAUCGAUGACUCGGCCGGCGGGCACGGUCACCUGGGUGAGGGGCAGCGGAGGGGACGGCGGAGCACCGAUCGCACGGAUGGGCUCCGAGGGGCUUGCGGGAGGGGGGCGCCAGUGUUCGGAAAGGUUUUGGCGGCUACGGCGUAUUGGCCGGAGCGGCGGUGCUCGCACUCGCCUCGCCGACCGCCAUUUCACAUCCAGCAGAGAAGGCGGGGGCAGCCGCGGAGACGGUUUUUCACUAGAAAAGGAGACCUCAUCAGCUAAAAGGAGACCUGAUCAGACCUCAUAA